AUGAAGCCAUCAGAAUAUCCUACGGAGCCCAUCGUGGUUGUCGGUGCUGGCUGUCGUUUCCCGGGGGGCAUCAGUAGCCCGUCUAAGCUUUGGGAUGCCAUUUGUUCACAGCGUGACGUUCUAUCGACAAUUCCCCCUUCUCGGUUUAAUCCAAAAGGUUUCUAUCAUCCUAAUGGUGAGCGCGAUGGAAGCACCAAUGUCAGCAAAGCAUAUCUUCUCGAAGGAGAUAUCAGCGCUUUCGAUGCCACAUUCUUCGGCAUCAAUCCGCGGGAGGCUGAAGCAAUUGACCCACAACACCGAAUGCUUCUUGAGACAGUGUACGAGGCUAUGGAAGAUGCAGGCCUCACGAUAAGCAACAUGAAAGGCUCCGACACUGCGGUCUACGUUGGUCUGAUGACUGGUGACUAUCACGAACUGCAAAUUCGCGAUCCAGAAAACAUGCCCAUUUACAUGGCAACAGGCACGGCGCGUAGCAUUCUCUCCAACCGGUUGUCAUAUUUUUUUGAUUGGAAAGGUCCAUCCAUGACCAUUGAUACUGCAUGUUCGUCAAGUCUGGUAGCGUUGCACUACGCCGUUCAAUCACUUCGCGCCGGUGAAUGCCAGGUUGCUGUGGCUGCUGGUGCCAAUCUCAUCCUGGGACCUGAGAUGAUGAUUGCCGAAGCAAACCUUCACAUGUUAUCCCCCACAGGAAGGUCACGUAUGUGGGAUGCUGCAGCUGAUGGAUAUGCUCGUGGAGAAGGUUUCUCUGCGGUGAUGCUGAAAACCCUAUCCCAAGCUAUCGCCGAUGAAGAUCACAUUGAUUAUAUCAUUCGCGAGACUGGCGUGAACCAGGAUGGCCGAACCAAAGGAAUCACAAUGCCUAGCUCUUCAUCACAGGCAGCGCUGAUUCGCCAAACUUACCAGAAGGCUGGUCUCGAUUGCUCCCGUCUGGAUGAUCGGUGUCAGUUCUUUGAAGCUCACGGCACCGGAACCCCUCGAGGAGACCCGAUAGAAGCUCAGGCUAUCCACGAUGCCUUUUUUGCAUCCAAGUCUUCGGAGAAGUGCAACUUCUAUGUUGGCUCCGUCAAAACCGUGAUCGGUCAUUUGGAGGGGUGUGCCGGUUUGGCCGGCCUGCUCAAGGCAGGAGAAGCGCCCUCCCAUGGCCUACCUCAAGCGGUAUUCGACGAGCCAGUGUGA